AUGAGUCAACCCUCAAAUAUAAUGUUACCAAUGCAACCAAAUCAGCAAUACAUGCAACAACCUAACUCUAUGUCAACAGAAAUGAUGCAGUAUUACCAAAAUCAGUUUCCACCUCUUCCCAACAUGUACAAUCAUCCAUCUAAUUCCCAACAAUUAUCCUUACCUCAAAUGAACUUAAACGCAAUUCCUCCACCACUACAGUAUCGUCCAAAUCAAGACCACAGUAAUUUUACAGAAGAAAUAGAAUAUAACCCCCCGUCCUCAUCAAGUGAUGACGAAAACAUGGAAAGUGAUGCAAAUGAAAACACAAAUUCAUAUUCAUGGCAACAGAUAAGAUCGAAAAGAAAACGAGAAAACUCAGAUACAAACCCAAUCCAAAAUAGUAACAAAAAUAGAGAUAACCCAAAUACCCAAACAAAAGAUCCCAAGCCGCCUCCUAUUUACGUUUACGGAGUAACAAACUAUAAAGAUAUGACUGACUCAAUAGGAGAAGUUACACCAGAUGAAACUUAUUUUACCAGUACUCUUCCUGAAAAUGUUGUUAAAAUAAAUGCUAGAACCCCUGAAAUUUUCAGGAAAUUAAUCAACUUCAUGAGAGAGAAAAACAUAGUACACCAUAGUUACCAACUCAAACAAGAAAGGGCAUACAGAAUCGUCCUAAGAGGAUUACACCAUUCCGUUCCCUUAGAGGAAAUCAAAGCCGAAUUAUUAAAAAAAACCACACAGGAAUAUUUUAAACAUACGGCACAGAGUAACAAAAGAACCCCUACCGCCAUUUUUUAUCGACUUGGAACCAAAAAACAACAAUAA